AUGACAAAUAAGACAAUGGAACGCUUGGGUCUCGAGUAUUUUAAUGCGUUGUGGUCAAGGUCAUUUUUUCAACCUGCACCAAAUGAUAGAUCGUUGUUUGUGAUGCAUGAUCUCAUGAGUGACUUGGCCACAUCUGUUGUUGGAGAGUUUUUUUCAAGGGUAGACAUUGGGACGGAGAAAGAACAUAGGAAUGAAUCAUUCGAAAAGUACCGUCAUUUGUCAUUUGUUUGUGAGGAAUACAUGGUUUCUGGAAGGUUCGAGCCACUAAAAGGAGCUAAAAGUUUGAGAACGUUAUUAGCGGUAUCUGUUGGGGUGAUAAAAAAUUGGCAAAGAUUCUACUUAUCGAAUAAGGUCCUGAAGAACUUACUUCAGGAGUUUCCAUUAUUAAGGGUCCUAAGUUUGAGUCAUCUUGGCAUAAGCGAGGGACCCGAAUUCAUUGGCAGUCUAAAGCACUUGUGUUUAACUAAGUUGCCCAACAGCUUCUUAAGGCUUAAAAACUUGAGGCAUUUGGACAUUAGGAAUACUCCUGGUUUGAAGAAGAUGCCCUUAGGGAUUGGUGAGUUGAAAGGCCUACAAACUCUCUCCAAGAUCAUAAUUACAGGUGAAAACGGAUUUGCAAUAACCGAGCUUAAAAACUUGCAAAAUCUCCAUGGGAAAAUUUCCAUUUGGGGGUUGGGCAAUGUACAAAAUGAAACGGAGGCACGCGGCUCACACUUAUCACAAAAGAGGCUUACCGAGUUAGAGUUGGAUUGGGGUUAUGGGUUAUUGCAAACGAGGCUUAGUAUGUUGGAGUUUGCUGUGAGUUUUGGGGAUUCUGAAUUGAACGUUUUUCGAAAGGAGACACUUGAUAAGGAGGUCCUUACUGAGCUGAAGCCUCAAGCUGAUAGUUUGAAGAAGCUUGAAAUUGUGUCAUAUGCGGGGUAUAGAGUUUCCUAA